AUGGCUUCCCAGGGUGUCAACGUUCUUCGUUACUCGGCUCUAGUGACUGGCCUUGUCUACGGUGUCUACCACCAGUCGAGCCUCAACUCCCAGACUAGACGCGCAGAGACCGACCGUGAAUAUGCACGCAAGGAGCGUUUGAUCGAGCAGGCUAAGGCAGAGUGGAAGAAGAAGACUUCGCCCCAAGAGACCAAGUCGCAAAGCAGCGGACUCAUCACCGACCCCGAAGACAGCCGUUUCGACCUGGAGGCUUUCCUGAACGCGAAAGCCAAGGAGACAAACUAG